GCCCGGAGCCCGAUUUCCGCGUGUGAAAGGUGUGGGGGUGUUUCUAGGCAGUGUACGGGAAUCCACUGGGUCCGGGCUGUCAGGACGAGCGGAAGAGGCUCAGCUGGCUCGGGCUGCCGCUGCACUUGGCUGUGGCAGGUGCCAGGCUCCAUUUAGUCACCAGCUCCCGCGAUUCUUCAUUUGAAAAAGAAGUACGUUCGUUUUUCAGGGUUUCCUUUUGUUAUUUUGUCACUUACCGCCUUUCUUGAGCUGGUAGUGGGCAGGGUCAGUGUAUAAGGCAAGGCUGGUGGAAGGUUCUAGUUCCGUGUGCACACGUGGUGGAAUCGGGCCCCUCUCCCCCUCCCGCCCUUGAGGGGGCUCAGCCGCCCAGGCUCGGGUGUCCGAGGGGGCUGCACUUUGUGAGCUGCCCUGGAGUGCGGCUCUCACGCCAGGAACUUGGGGCACCUCUCUUUCAGGGAGUUGUUUUUCCUUCUGGGUUUCUAAGAGGUAACCUUUUGCUGUACCUCAAAUGGAAGCAUCUAGAUCGCUUUGUGGUUACUCGUAAGCAGAAACAAGUUGGUGUGGUUAUCGUGGAGAGAGGCCUGCGGUGGUUUGUACGCCCGUGAAGGUGCAGCGUGAAGUUGUGCUUCCAGCACUUGCUUUUCCAAGGGGCCCACGGACAUGCUGGGCCUGAAGUCACUUGGCACAGCAUGAACUUGCUGAGUGUGAGUGACACGGCGACUCCUGGGGUGGCUGGCCCUGAAGUGAUUGCUGUCAUGGUGUUAAAUUGGUGUAGGAGCGGCCACAGCCAGAGGUACAUGUCGCAAGGCAAGCCCGCCGAGGCCCGCGAGCUCGUGUGCUCAGGAGCCCUGCUGUUCUUCAGCCACGGCCAGCAGAACAGCGCUGCGGACUUGUCCAUGCUGGUUCUGGAGGCGCUGGAGAAGGCGGAAGUGGACGUGGCCGAUGAGCUGCUGGAAAACCUGGCAAAGCUCUUCAGUUUGAUGGACCCCAAUUCUCCCGAGCGCGUGGCCUUUGUGUCUCGAGCCCUGAAGUGGUCCAGCGGGGGGUCAGGGAAGCUGGGCCACCCCCGGCUGCACCAACUCCUGGCCCUCACCCUGUGGAGAGAGCAGAACUACUGUGAGUCCCGGUACCACUUCCUGCACUCCGCCGACGGGGAGGGCUGCGCCCACAUGCUGGUGGAGUACUCCACCUCCCGGGGCCUCCGCGGCGAGGCCGACAUGUUCGUGGCCCAGGCCGUCCUCCAGUUUCUCUGUUUGAAAAACAAAAGCAGCGCGUUGGUGGUGUUCACGACGUACACGCAGAAACACCCGUCCAUUGAGAAUGGGCCUCCGUUCAUGCAGCCCCUGCUGAACUUCAUCUGGUUUCUGCUGUUGGCUGUGGAGGGAGGCAAGCUGACCGUGUUUACCGUCCUCUGCGAGCAGUACCAGCCGUCUCUCAGGAGAGACCCGAUGUACAGCGAGUACCUUGACAGGAUAGGACAGCUCUUCUUUGGGGUGCCGCCCAAGCAGACUUCUUCCUAUGGAGGCUUGCUAGGGAACCUUCUGAGCAGCCUCAUGGGCUCCUCGGAGCAGGAGGAUGGCGAGGAGAGCCCGGGCGACAGCAGCCCCAUCGAGCUCGACUGAAGCCACAUAGACGCGUGGGGUGCCCGGACUGCGGGGCGGUUUUGAGGCACGAGGCUGGUGGCCGGCUCCCACCCAGGGCCUCCUCACCGAGGCCACCUGCCCGGCAUGCCCGCACCAGCCUCUGUUAUUCAUGUGGGGGCUGAGCUGCCGGCCACCUGUCACCUGCUGCCCAGGACUGUGGAGCGAGCCUGCCUUGGUGCCAGCAGCCUCACCCGUGUCCCCCACUAGAUUGAUGCAAAAUAAAGCACAGGUCUUGCUGUGACAGCCCCUCUCCCAUCCUUGUUUCUGGUCUCCUUCGGGCCGGGGUGAGGGCACCGCGACUGCCGUCCAGCGACUGGGAGGCUGUGCAGCUGCUCCGCCGGCGCCUGGCCUCGGACACGCCGCCCUGCAGACGCCAGUGGUGUUUGUUCAUCUUGCUUCCGUUUUGGACAGGCUGGAGCAUGCAGACAAGUGUCCAGGGAGUGGUGGCCGGCCCGUUGCAGCCACCCCGGGGGGCAGCUUCCUGCGCUGCAGUCGCUGAGCUGGGCCUGGCCCGUCCCCUGGGUGCCCACAGGGUGGCCCGCGCCGAGCCGAGCGUGCUGUGGCCUGCUGCUCGCAAGCAUCACAUUGCCACUUUCAAAAUGUCGUUUUUGAGAAAGGGACGCUGGGACUUUACAUUUCUUUCAUAAUGCAAUAUUUAUUUUUAUUGGGGAUUGGUUCCUUCGACCUAACACUUUAGGUUUUAACCAAAUAACCAAUCCAGGAAUGGGCAAGUCCACCAUCACCAAUGCCUGCCAGAUGUUACCAGUAUAAUUAUAAAGGGGAAACACUUUAUUUUUUCACAGUUAAAAUAAAUGUUGUAGAUUAAUAUACAGCGAUCAUGCAUGGGAAAAGGGAAAUACAGUUUUAUUUACUGUAAAAAUGGAAUUUAAAGGAAGGUUUUGUGUUAAUUGUGGAGUUUAAAUAAAUACUUUAUACUGGA